AUGCUGGCAUGGCAGGACGGCGGGGCCAAGACGGCUCCCUCCCACCACAAGAUUUCUUUCUCCGUCCUGGACAUCCUGGACCCGCAGAAAUUCACUCGCGCAGCGCUCCCGGCCGUGCGCCCGGCUCCCCAGGAAGCCAGGAAAAGUUUGGCGGAGGUCGAAGCGGGGAAAGAUGCCAGCUCCAGGGACCCUGUCCGACAGCUGGAGACCCCUGAUGCUGCGGGCCCAGGCGCCGGCCAGGCGUCCCCCCUGGAGGGUUCCGAGGCGGAAGAGGAGGAGGAUGUGGAGGAUCCGAGGAGGCCGCGACUGCGGGAGCGGGCUGCGCGCUUGCUGCCGGGCCCAGCGCGCUCCCCUGACGCCGGGGCAUUGGCGUCUGGGGAGCCCUGCGAGGACGGCGGGGGCGGCCCUGUGGGGUCCCCCCCGGGGUCCCCGGGCUCCCCGCGGCCCAGGCGCCGGCGCAUGGAGCCCAACUGCGCCAAGCCGCGGCGCGCGCGCACCGCCUUCACCUACGAGCAGCUGGUGGCCUUGGAGAAUAAGUUCCGGGCCACGCGCUACCUGUCAGUGUGCGAGCGCCUGAACCUCGCGCUGUCGCUCAGCCUCACCGAGACGCAGGUCAAAAUCUGGUUCCAGAAUCGCAGGACCAAGUGGAAGAAGCAAAACCCGGGUGCAGACGGCGCGGCGCAGGUGGGGGGUGGCGCGCCCCAGUCAGGGGCGGCGGGGGGCGGCGGCGGCGGCUGCUCGCGGGGCAGUCCUGGCCCUCCCGGCACCGGCGCUCUGCACUUCCAGACUUUCCCUUCCUACUCUGCUGCCAACGUUCUCGUCCCGGCCGCCGCCUCCUUCCCGCUGACGGCUGCGGCCCCCGGGAGCCCUUUCGCGCCGUUCCUUGGGCCUUCCUACCUGACCCCCUUCUACGCCCCGCAUCUAUGA